CAUCAAUAAUAUAUAAACUGCAUAAAUAAAAUGCGGCUAUUUAAAAUCUGCUCUUUGAUAAUGUGAGAGUCAAGAUCCUUGAUUGGACUGUCAAAGGUCCAUCUGCCUCUAAUCAUGAAAGCCACUUUUUUAUUCAUAAUAUUGCUCCAAACAUGGAUCAGUGCAACAGUUCAACUGUGUCCACAACAUUGUUCCUGUAAGCCAAUUGGUGCUCAAGCCGAAUGGUUACGUCUUAAAUGCGAUGAUCGUUUACAAGAAAUCAAUGAUGUGGAUAUCAAUGCAGUCAGCGUGGAACUUAUACAAUUAGACUUAAGUAAAAAUGCCAUUUAUGUCAUUCAAGCAAAUGUGUUUGUAAAUUUAACAAACCUCAGACGACUUGAUUUAUCAAAAAACAAAAUUAAUUCUAUAGGCGAGGGUUGUUUUAAUGGUCUAGAAAAUUUGGAGAGAUUAGAUUUGAGUCAGAAUCAGAUAUCAACAAUAGAUAGUUAUGCAUUCAAAAAAUUAUUAAAUCUCAAAAAGCUUGAUUUGUCUGGGAAUAAAAUAACUGCUCUGGUGCCAUCCUUAUUUCAUAAUUUGCUGGCUUUAGAUCGUUUGAAAUUAAAUGGAAAUAGUUUAACUACCUUGAAAGAAGGAACAUUUCAUGGACUUAAGACCUUAAAACAACUAGAUCUGUCUAAUAAUCCCUGGAACUGUGAUUGUCACCUAUAUUGGUUUAGUAAUUGGAUCUCCAAUUCUACAAUUAAAUUGAAUCCGCCGCCAAAGUGCGCAUCGCCUGUACUUGCCAAAGGACAACCUGUGAAAAAAUUAAAAUUUUUAGAAGAGCUUCAAUGUCAAUUGAUAUCACCGGCAAUUGAAAUUCGGCCAGUUCAAAAUCAAGUGGUUUUUGCUGGAGAUUCGAUUACCUUAAAAUGCAGAGCUCCCAGCAUUACAGUAGAUCAAAGUGCUAGAUUAAAUUGGUUAUGGUAUCCUAAUGCUUCCGCCGAGAUUGUGGACCUGAGCGCUUAUAAAGAUCCGCGAAAAAGUUUAUCUAACAUUAAAAUUGACAACAGGUAUCUUUCGGACAGCGGUAUUGUGGACAGUGCUCUUAGUAUAGUUCCGGUUAAAGAGGAACACAAUGGACAAUGGAAUUGCUUACUGGUUUCCGUAAACGGCAACAAAUCCAAGGCAGUCAGUGUAAUUGUGAUAUCCGAGCAUACACGUUAUUGUCCUCUAGCAGUAACAAGAAACAACAAGGGCAUUUAUACAUGGCCGAAAACGAUAGUUGGAUGGAAAGCGGAAUUGCCAUGCGAAGGCAGUCGUUUGUUGCAAGCAUCUUUAACAGCCUCUUAUUACUGUAAUGUGAGUGGUCAGUGGGAACACUUAAACACGGAAUCAUGUCCGUACGUAUCCCAUACAACGAAAAUUUUGGAACAAUUUUCGAGAGUAAAUCUAUCCUUGGCGAGAAGUACUCUGCUGGAAACUGCAAAGAGAUUCAAGAAUUACACGGGAAACGGUUCGGUAAAAUUAACAGAUCCAGUUGAAAUACAUUUCAUAGUACGAACUAUAGAGAAUUAUUUAAGCUUCCUGAUAGACGAAAAGGAACUCGGCCUCAUGCUGAUCGAUAUCAUCGCUUCAAUGAUGAAAUUGUCAAAAGAAAUGCUAAAGAGAGCGGAAAUAAAUUUCAAAGCUUGUACGAGACUAAUCAAAGCGAUCGAACGUAUAGCGGAAUUUACACCGUCGAUACAAUCUCAUACAAAACACAUGGCACUCGAAGAAUUUCGUAUUAAACGCGAAAGUUUUGGCGGAUUAACAUGCACAUGGUACACAAAUAUUGCCGUGAGUACCGAUUCAGACGCGAGAUUUUUGCACUGUACAACGAUUAAUAAAACAACGCCGAUCAAUGCAAAAGACAAGACGAUAGAAGCUUCCAUUCGAUUGCCUGCCUCUUUGCUGCAACGCUCGCAGGAUAAUACGAUAGCUCAACAGCUAAUGAUAUCUAUGUACAGUGAUAGCAGAUUAUUUCCCAAGACGAUUUCAAAUGAUAGCAUGGACAUAUCAACAUGUAUUGUUGGCAGUAAAUUAAUGGGCGCAUCGAUACGAAAUCUCUCUGAACCGGUUUACAUCAUGUUGAAAGCACCGUUGUAUCAUUACAACGGAAGAAGACCGAGACCAGUAGUAUGGGACGAAACGUUGAACAAUACGGGAGGCUGGACCAGCGACGGAUGUCGUUUAACAAACUUAGUGAAUAAUUUGAUAGUCUUUCAUUGUGACAGAUUGGGUUAUUAUGGACUUUUGCAGGAAGUUUCACAUCUUGAUAUAGACGGAAAUAGUAUGCAUGGAGCGAAAUUCAGAUAUUCACAUCCGGCGAUAUAUAUAGGAAGUUUCGUGACGAUAACUUGCUUGAUGAUCAUGUCUGUGACAUAUAUUAUUUCUUAUACAUCUAUCACAAUGCCUAAGAAAGCGAAACAUUCUGUUAUCAAUACCUGGUUCGCUAUGGCAUUGCUAUCAUUUAUUUAUAGCAUCGGCAUUCAACAAACAGAACACAUCGAGAUUUGUCAGAGUGUCGGCCUUAUUUUACACUAUUUGUCUCUGUGUUGUUUGUUAUGGAUGGCGGUAUCUGCCAGCAAUAUGUACAAGAAACUGACGAAAUCAGGCCUCGAUGUGAUACCCGAUGAUGAUGUGGAUCCAGAUCAGCCUAUAUCCAAGCCGUUGUUAGGACUUUAUCUAGUUGGAUGGGGCGUGGCCUUAAUAAUCUGCGGAAUAUCCGGCGCGAUUAAUUUACGUGAAUAUGCUGGCUAUUCUCGUUGUUUCCUGACGUCCGGACCGGCGCUUGCCGCGCUUUUCAUACCAUCCGGAAUAUUAAUCGCGUACCUGCUGAUCUUUCUCUUGCUCAUCAGACGUGCGAUUCAGAAUGUCGAUGUAAACGCGCAAUUAUCCGAAGGCACUCAGGCAACGGAGAACAUGGAUUUAGAGUUGCUAGAGCCGAAUCCGAAUCCCUCCGGGGAUAGGAACAGCGUGCGCAGCGCACAGACGGUUUCUUCUGACAUCGAGGAUCCGGAACACUCACAAUUUACGCAGUGGAAAGGUCAAGUCAUAAUGCUAGUGUUAUAUCUGAUAUCUUGGGCUGGCGCGACCGCAGUAACAGUCGAGCCGUUUAAUUCCAUACCAUUUGAGGAGACCAUAUUCGCCGUAAUAUACGCCAUCACCGCGAGUUCGCUCGGUAUGUUUGUGCUGUUCUUUUACGGAAUUGCUCGAAAUGAUGUUCGCAGCCAAUGGUUGAAGAUGCGCUGCUGGCUGGAAAAACGAAAAAAUCGUUGCUGUCGCACGAGAAGCGUGUGCGAUGCUAAUGCCGCAAUUCCGACACAACCUUUGGUGCAAAACUUCGUCCCGCCGUUGUCAAACACGCAAGCUACUCAAGCAAUAUCCGACACGAAUUCUGUUACUUCGAGAAACACCAAUCACUCUCAACAGAUCUACAACUGUUCGAAGCUUGCAGAUUUUGUGUCCGCCAAUCGAGACAGCGUACCCACUGUUCCUGUCAGUGCGAAAGCAGCAAAUCUAAUAGUAUUGCAUCGUCAACAGUAUCGCUCUAACAAUUCCGUCACUACGUACACCGAGCCGUCGUCAGCCUGCGUCGAAAUGUUUUACAAUCCUCAUCAAAGCGGCGUCGCCAGGAAGUUUUUCAAGAAACAACGUAGACACACCGCAAAAAAGAAUAAUCUCGGUCCGAGGAAGCAGGGUGACGGUGGGGCGACCAGCGAUGGCGGCAGUUGCAUCUCUGUACCUCGGCCUGCGGCCAAGAUCAACAAUAGUCUGGAACGCAGCAUUCUGAGCAGCAGCGCUAAAGUGAACAACACCAACAUACACGUCGAAUUGAAUCCCAUAAACGACAUCAAAAAUGUGAAUAUACUGUCGGAUAGCGGUGGUAGCAUUUCUGAGGAAAGAAAUAUCCCGAUACGCUUUGUUAUCGGUCAGGAGAAUCUAUUGCGUAGCGUUAAAAAGCUCAACAAUGGUAAUGCGCGGCAGGAUAAUUCCAUUACGAUAGACACGGCACAAUCGAAAAGAACGGCACAUGCUGAUUCGGAUGCAGAUGUUUCCAAAACGGACGAGGAGUGGCAUUUACGAAACGUCUCUCAGCAAUGUAGCUUGGAGUACAGCUCCGAAAUGGACACUGUCACACAGAUGACCAGUGAACGGAGUGAUCACAAUUUGCCGGAGAUCUGCGAGAGCGCGGAAGAGUGUUUCUCGAACAGAUGUUCUAGCGAUAUGAAUGAAAUUCAAGUUGCAGAGGAACGCCAGUUCUUCCGAGGAAACACAGCAAAACGAUUGUAUCUUUCCAAUAGUAUGUAUUGCCUACCGUUGGAGCACGAGAAACCAUUGACAAACAGUUACUGUAAUUCAUUAAAUGACAUCAUGUCGUUAAAGCAGCACUGCGAGUACUCGAAACCGUCGCUUACAGAUGUACAAAAUACAACCAGUUCAAAUCUGUGCGGACAGGAUAUUUCUGAGUUUCGACGAUCGUUCGAUCGCUCGGAACGUUCACUCUUUGAGGUAAACAGUUUGACUAGUGAUAAUCCGUGUACGUUAACGCCACAUGCGGAAACCCCCUAUGCCUGUUCUCUGGCGAAUAUUCAUUGUAUCUCUGACAAGAGUUUAGAGGAAAACAAUCUCCACGAGUCGCAAUCGUUAGACAUAGUAGAUAAUAAUGUAUUUAAUGUGCCAGAAUCGAAGGAUCUUUUGCUGGAGAAAAAUUUCAGUUCUCUUGCUGAUAUUCCGUCAAUUAGUAAAUCUAGUUCUCACGAUAUCAAUAAUCUCAGUUUAAUUGAUGAAACGAGCACGUGUUUGGAACCUACAAAAUCGUGUGAUAUACAGCAGUUCGAAACUAAUGAGAUUUAUUUACAUGAACAAGUAAGUCAUUUACCUGUUAAGAAAGAAACGAGCGUUUAA